AAGCGGUUCGUCGGGGUGACUCGGCGUCAACAUGGCGUGGAGAGGUUGUUUUCUCAGGUUUUGUCGAGAAGAUCUGCUGAACGCAGGGCUGAGAGAAGACAGGUUACGUCAUCACUUCCAGCAGAGGUGUGGAUUCAGGAGAGAAGCCAAGAAAAGCGAGCUGAAGAAAGGCGUGGAGGAGGAAGGGCACUCCCCAAAGACAGAUGCCAGUGAGGCUUUGCUCCGCAGGCGCAGCCUGACGCCGGCCUUGGACCACCAGACGCCACACGGUCCCUCCCGCGCCUCCCGGCUGGUCAAACCUCUACUCUUCACCGUAGGGUUUACAGGCUGCUCCUUUGGCACGGCGGCUAUCUGGCAGUAUGAGUCUCUGAAGUCUCGCGUCCAGAGUUACUUCAACGAGGUCCGAGCUGAUUGGCUAGAGAAACUACGGCCGCAGAAACAGGGAGACUUCCGCAAACAGAUCAACCAGUGGUGGAAUAGUUUAAGUGAGGGACAGCGCACAGUCUCAGGGAUCAUUGCGGCUAAUGCUGUAGUCUUCUGCUGUUGGAGAGUUCCAUCACUGCAGCGCACCAUGGUCAAGUACUUUACCUCCAACCCAGCCUCCAAGACUCUGUGUUGGCCCAUGCUGCUGUCCACCUUCAGUCACUACUCUCUGUUCCACAUGGCGGCCAACAUGUACGUCCUGUGGAGCUUCUCCACCAGCGCCGUCUCCAUGCUGGGCAAAGAGCAGUUCACCGCCGUCUACCUCUCCGCUGGGGUCGUCUCGACGUUUGUCAGCUAUGUGUGUAAGGUGUUCUCUGGGAGAACGGGACCUUCUCUGGGAGCGUCAGGAGCCAUCAUGACUGUCCUGGCUGCCGUCUGUACCAAGAUCCCAGAAGCCAAACUAGCCAUCAUCUUCCUCCCCAUGUACACCUUCACUGCCGGCAAUGCUCUUAAAGCCAUCGUGGCGCUGGAUUCGGCUGGUCUGCUGUUGGGUUGGAGGUUCUUCGACCAUGCGGCUCAUCUUGGCGGGGCGCUGUUCGGCAUCUGGUACAUCCUUUACGGCCAUGAGCUCAUCUGGAAGAACCGGGAGCCUUUCGUGAAGGUGUGGCACGACCUGCGAACACGCCGGCCUGGCGGUGGCGGUGGCGGUGGCAGCAGCGGUGGUGGCGCCGGCGGCAACGGAUCCAUUUAGGAACCGUGAGGCACAGGAAGCUGACGUAGAAAUGUACAGACAGUAAAAACACACUGAGGAUUUCUGCUUCCUGUCUGGAGCAUAAAGUCUUGUCUUCUGACUUCAUCUGAACGUUGAGAGGAAGAAGAUCAAACCAAAGUCCAUCCACAUAAUAACAAGGACAUGAGUUAUACGUUCCUGCUCUCUCACACUCUCUUCUCACUCUCUCCUCACCCUCUCCUCGCUCUCUCUCCUCGCACUCUCUCCUCUCUCUCUCCUCGCACUCUCUCCUCGCUCUCUCU